AUGAAUCUAAACAAUGGUCAAACAUUACAAAGAUUAGUAACAAAUGAUGAAAAUACAUUAAAAGAUUCUCAAGCUUCAACGAUUACUUUUCAUUCAAUAAAUUAUACAUUACAUACACAAAAAUGUUGUAAUGCAUGUUCAUUACCAUGUAUUAAAAAGAAACAUAAACAAAUUCUUUAUGAUAUCAAUGGAAUAUUUAAACCAGGCAUGAAUGCUAUUCUUGGUCCAACUGGUAGUGGAAAAUCAUCAUUAUUAGAUAUAUUAGCUGAUCGAAAAGCUCGAUAUGGUCUCGAUGGACAAGUAUUAAUGAAUGGACAAAUUCAAACAAAAGAUUUUAAAUAUCGCGUUGGUUAUGUUGUACAAGAGGAUAUUCUAAGUGGAACAUUAACAGUUAGAGAAAAUUUAAGAUUUUCAGCUAAUGUUCGAUUAUCAAAAAAUAUUUCACAUGAAACUAAAACAACUAUUGUUGAACGAGUUAUUGAACAAUUGGGUUUAGAAACAUGUGCUGAUACAAGAGUCGGUACAGAAUUUUUACGUGGAAUAUCUGGUGGAGAAAAAAAACGAACAAAUAUUGGCAUGGAAUUAGUUCUAUCACCAUCUGUACUCUUUUUGGAUGAACCAACAACAGGUCUUGAUUCAUCAACAGCUCGUAAUGUUAUGGAAUAUCUUCAUCAAUUAUCAAGACGAGGACGUACAAUUAUUUUUUCAAUUCAUCAACCACGUUAUCAUAUUUUUAAAUUAUUCGAUACAUUAUUUAUAGUAGCUGCUGGUUAUUGUGUUUAUCAUGGUCCUACAAAUGCAGUACUUCCAUAUUUUUCUUCAAUGGGCUAUGUAUGUGAAGAACAUGAUAAUCCAGCUGAUUUUCUUCUUGAUAUAACUCAAGGUGAUAGUUCAAGAGAAAAUAAUAAUCAACAUAAUCUAAAUAAUGUUCAUGAACAAAAUGCUCUUCAUUUACAUGAUUUAUAUAUAAAAUCAAAUAUAUAUGCAUCAAUUCAACAAGAACUAACAAAUGAAAAUAAUCGAAAAAUAACAACAACAGCAAUAGUGAAUCAUGAAAAAUUAGCUUCGAAAUCACGUUUAUUAGAAAUUUUUUAUGUCGCUCAACGUACAUUACGUAAUGUAUAUCGAAAUCCAAUUCUAGUUACAAUGCAAACAAUUGUAACAAUUAUUUUUGCAACAUUAGUUGGUUUAAUUUAUUUACAAGUUGAUCGUACUGAAGAUACUGGAGUUAAAAAUCGUAUGGGUGCAAUAUUUUUUAUUGUAACAAAUCAAGUUAUGGGAAAUUUGUCAGCUAUUGAAUUAUUUCUUAAAGAACGUGUUUUAUUUAUACAUGAAAAUGCAAGUGGAUAUUAUCAUGUAUCAACAUAUUUUAUAGCUAAAUUAUUAUGUGAUUUAAUACCAUUACGUAUAAUUCCAUCAAUACUUUUUUCAGCUAUUGUUUAUUUUAUGAUUGGUUUUCAAAAAACAGUAGAAAAAUUUUUUAUUUUUUAUUUUGCUAUUUUUUUAACAGCAAUAUGUGGAGCUGCUGUUUGUUUUUUCAUUUCAGCUAGUGUAAAAGUAUUUGGUAUUGCAAAUUUAUUAGCUGCAAUGUGUUUUGUAUUAAUGAUGGUUUUUGGAGGAUUUUUAGUUGAGGUAUCAUCAGUUAUUAAAUAUUUAUCAUGGAUUAAAUGGGUUAGUUUAUUUCGUUAUUCAAUGAAUAUAAUUACUAUAAAUGAAUUUAAUGGUUUACAACUUUGUUUAAACAAUAACACAAAUAUUUGUCCAAUUGAUGGUAUAGAUAUUAUACAUAAUGUUGCACAUAUUGAAUAUGAAACUGAAUGGGAUUUAUGGAAAAAUUUUGUUGCAUUAGGUUCAAUGACAACGAUAUUGUUUCUUCUAACAUAUAUACAAUUAUUUCGUAUGAAGAAAACGAAAUAA